GCAGCUAGCAACAGCUACACAAAACCACUUCUCAGACAGCACAAAACAUCGAUCCAAAAUCACUACUGCUAUUAGUAUUCAGGCGCCAUGGCAGGCAGCUCCCAUGUUUCUGCUGAUGCAAGGAACAGGCUGGUGGGCAAGGUGGCGGUGAUCACCGGCGGCGCGAGCGGCAUCGGCGCGUGCACGGCGCGGCUGUUCGUGAAGCACGGCGCCCGCGUCGUGGUCGCCGACAUCCAGGACGAGCUGGGAGCUAGCCUCGUCGCGGAGCUCGGCCCGGACGCCUCCAGCUACGUGCACUGCGACGUCACGAACGAGGGCGACGUCGCCGCCGCGGUCGACCACGCCGUCGCCACGUUCGGGAAGCUCGACGUCAUGUUCAACAACGCCGGCGUCACCGGCCCGCCGUGCUUCAGGAUCACCGAGAGCACCAAGGAGGACUUCGAGCGCGUGCUGGCCGUGAACCUGAUCGGCCCGUUCCUCGGCACCAAGCACGCGGCGCGGGUGAUGGCGCCGGCGCGCCGUGGCAGCAUCAUCUCGACGGCGAGCCUGUCGUCGUCGGUGUCCGGCACGGCGUCGCACGCGUACACGACGUCGAAGCGCGCCCUGGUGGGGUUCACGGAGAACGCGGCCGGCGAGUUGGGCCGGCACGGGAUCCGCGUCAACUGCGUUUCCCCCGCCGCGGUCGCCACGCCGCUGGCUAGGGCUGCCAUGGGUAUGGACAUGGACGACGAGACCAUUGAGGCGAUCAUGGAGAAGUCGGCGAACCUAAAGGGCGUUGGACUCAAGGUGGACGACAUCGCCGCCGCGGCGCUGUUCCUCGCCAGCGACGACGGGCGGUACGUGAGCGGCCAGAACCUGCGCGUCGACGGCGGCGUGUCCGUCGUCAACUCGAGCUUUGGUUUCUUCAGGGACUGAUUGUGAAAGAGACCCAUCGUUCGUCGUCAACUCCAACUUCAAACCACGUUUUCGUUCAUCGUCAUUUGUGUUGUUUUCUGUAAUAAACUAGCAUUGUGUGGUUUCCCAAAUGUUUGCGUGGACAUAGAUUUCGGUUGUAUUUGUAUUCUCUUGGAAUUUAUUCGAUAGCAGUUGCUUUCUUGAAUGAUAAACUAGCACUGUUGCUGUUAAUAAUGCGAUUGAUAUUUUUCAGUUCA